AUGGACUCAGUGGCCUUUGAGGAUGUUAAUGUGGAGUUCACCAUGGAGGAGUGGGCUUUCCUGGAUCCAACCCAGAAGAAAAUCUACAGAGAUGUGAUGCAGGAAACUUUCUGGAACCUGGCAUCAAUAAUAUGUGUUUUGGAAGAAAAAUGUGAUGACCAUGACAGUGAAGAUUACUAUGAAUAUUAUGGAGUGAAUCUUAGCAGUCAUAUGGUAGAAAGGCUCUGUAAAAGGAAGGAUGGUAGUCUUUGUAGAGAAACCUUCCGCCAGAUUCCAAAUCAUAAUGAGAAGAAGAAAACUCCUACUGAAGUAAAACUGCCUGAAUCCAGGUUGUGUAGACAAGUCUUCAUGCAUUAUUUAUCCUUUAAUAACCACAUGAGCUCUCACACUGGACCCCAACUAAGCCAGUGUCAGGAAUAUGGAGAACCUUAUAAAUGUAAGGAAUGUGGGAAAGCUUUCAAGUAUGGCCAAUAUAUUCAAAUACAUGAAAGGAAGCACAAGGGAGAAAAGCCUUAUGAAUGUACAAAAUGUGAUAAAGCCUUCAGUUAUCUAAGUAACGUAUAUAAACAUGCAAGAACUCAUAGUCAAGAGAAUCUGUGUGAGUGUAAGAAGUGUGGGAAAGCCUUGAGUUCUCUCACCAUGUUUCAAAGACACAUGAUCAAGCACACUUUUGAAUGUAAGGAGUGUGGGAAAGUUUUCAGCUGUCGAAAAAGCUUUCGAAGUCAUGAAUCGCUGCACAGCGGAGAAAAGCCCUAUGAAUAUAAGGAAUGUGGUAAAGCCUUCGGUUGUUGCAGAUAUCUUAGAAAUCAUAAAAGAACUCACGAUGUAAAGAAGCCUCAUGAGUGUAAGGAAUGUGGGAAAGCCUUCCGUUUUCCCUCUUCCCUUAGAACUCAUGAAAGAACACAUACUGGAGAGAAACCCUGUGAAUGUAAGGAAUGCGGGAAAGCCUUCAGUUCCUUUAGUUGCCCAAAAUACUUUCAGAUUCACAAAAACACUCAGAGUGGAGAGAAACCAUAUCAAUGUAAGCAAUGUGGAAAAGCUUUUAGUUCUCCCAUGUACUUUAGAGCACAUGCAAGAACACACAGUGGAGAAAAGUCCUACAAAUGCAAGGAAUGUGGUAAAACCUUCAGUUUCUCAAGUAGUUUCCAUAGACAUGUGAAAAAACAUUGUAGAGAUAAACCCUGUUAA